UUGAUUGCCUUUCUCUCAGUUUUAAAUUUAAAGGUUUUGAUUUUCAUGCGGAAGUGGGUAUUUUGAUAUUUUCUCUGUUUCUGGAAGAAGAAAUCAUGGGAAGGACACCUUGUUGUGAUAGAGAAAAGUUGAAGAAGGGAGCUUGGAGUCCUGAAGAAGACAGGUUACUGGUUCAGUAUAUCAAGGAACAUGGCCAUGGUAGUUGGCGUACACUUCCUAAGCUUGCAGGUCUGAGUCGGUGUGGUAAGAGCUGUAGACUUCGAUGGACGAACUAUCUUCGUCCUGACAUCAAGCGUGGACCUUUUUCCCCUGAAGAAGAGUCGGCUAUUAUCCAGCUUCAUUAUAUGCUUGGUAACAGGUGGGCUGCCAUUGCAUCACAUCUACCUGGAAGAACAGACAAUGAGAUCAAGAACUUCUGGAACACCAACCUAAAGAAGCCUCUGCUUGCUGCCAAGGACCAGACAAUUGUCCAUUCCCCUUCCACAUACGAGCCAGGAACUUUAAAUUCAGAAUCCCCUUUGACCCGUCACAUGAUACAGUGGGAAAGCAAAGGCAACAGGGUUGAAGCUGAGGCAAGGCUGUCAAUGGAGUCAUCAUCAGUAGCCAAAGCUGAGUGUGACAUCUUUCUCAAAUUGUGGAACUCUGAGGUCGGAGAAUCAUUUCGUAAGAGUCUGAAGCCUCUCGAGGAAAACGAUGAAGCAUGUGAAAGCCUUUUCUCGGGAAAAUCUCUUUCAAAAAUGUCGGAACCAGACUCAAAUCUCAUUGUUCGAGCUAGGCACACUGCAGCUGGCACUUCCAUUGACUCUACUGAUAAACAAUAUGACAGGAACAAGCCAAAUGCAGAGAUAUUGGCUGGUUCAGAUUCCAUUGCCUCAGAUCAUGAAUUUCUUGAUUCAUCGGAUACCGAAUUGAAGAUGAUGUUUGAUUUGCCUGGAGGGAGUUAUAUAGAAUUCUUGCAAGGAAAAACCGAUAACUUUUUGAGUUUUGUUGAUCUCCAGUGUGACAGAAAAUGCAAUUCUCUGGCAUUCAUUUAGAGAAUAGUGAUGGGCGAUUCUACCGCGAGCUCCAACAUCCAGGAGAAGACACAGCAAAAGCAGAUUGAAACUGGAACUAGUCUUUCGGUCGAGA